AUGGGUGUUCUCACACUUCACGAGGAUCGGCCAACGCCAAAGUCUGUUUACAAUUGGCGUGUCUAUGCUCUUGCCGCCAUCGCAUCAUGUGGUUCCAACAUGAUCGGUUAUACCAGUGCCUUCAUCGGUACAACUAUCACACUGUCAUCUUUCCAGAAAGAAUUCGGUAUCGACAAGAUGUCAUCUGCCCAGCAAGAUUUAAUUAGCGAGAACAUUGUCUCUCUCUUCAUUGCCGGGGCCUUUUUCGGUGCCCUGGGCACAUACGCCCUUGGUCACUUCGUUGGCCGCAAGUGGUGCUUGGCUGUUGCUUCCGCCAUCUUCACUCUCGGAUCUGGACUACAACUGGGUGCCAAUUCUUCUCGAGGACUAGGAAUUCUAUACGGUGGCCGUGUGUUGUCUGGUUUAGGAACCGGCGUGGCAUCGAACAUUAUCCCUAUUUACCUCUCUGAACUGGCUCCACCUGCGAUCCGAGGUCGGCUUGUCGGUCUGUACGAGCUCGGCUGGCAGAUUGGCGGUAUGCUUGGUUUCUGGAUCAACUACGGUGUUGAACAACACAUGCCUCAGGACCAUGAGCAAUGGAUCAUUCCAUUUGCUAUUCAGCUUGUCCCGUCCGGUCUGCUUUUCGCCGGUGCCUUGUGGAUCAAGGAAUCUCCUCGUUGGCUCUUCCUGAAGGACCGCCGCCGUCAGGCGAUGGAGAACCUCUGCUGGAUUCGUCAAUUAGACGCCGACGACAUUUACAUCUCUGAAGAGGUUGCCGCCAUUGAUCAGGCCCUUGAAUACCAGAGAAGCUCCAUUGGUAUUGGCUUCUGGAAGCCUUUCCAGGCUCUCGCCUCUAAUAAGAGUGUCAUGUACCGUCUGGUGCUGGGCUGUAUGCUCUUCUUCUGGCAGAACGGUUCUGGCAUCAACGCCAUCAACUAUUACUCUCCAACUAUCUUCAAAUCGAUCGGUGUCGACUCCAACACUGUCAACCUUAUGACUGGUAUUUUCGGUGUGAUUAAGGCUAUCAUGACGUUUGUGUGGCUCUUGUUCCUGGUCGAUCAAUUCGGAAGACGGAACCUUCUCCUUGUUGGUGGUAUCACCGGAUCAAUCUGUAUGUGGGUUAUCGGUGCCUACAUUUGUGUCGUCAAGCCCGAAGACAACCCCAGUUCUCACCUCGACGGCGGUGGUAUCGCGGCUAUCUUCUUCUUCUACCUCUGGACUGCCGUCUACACCCCUACCUGGAACGGUACCCCUUGGGUCAUCAACUCCGAGUUCUUCGACCCUAACUUCCGUUCCCUGGCCCAGGCCGCAACCACUGCCAGUAACUGGCUUUUCAACUUCCUCAUCUCUCGCUUUACCGAGCAGAUGUUCGAGGCGAUGCACUACGGUGUCUACUUCUUCUUCGCCUCCCUGUCCUUCCUGGCAUUCUUCUUCGCCUUCUUCCUUAUCCCUGAGACAAGUGGUAUUCCUCUGGAGAAGGUCGAUCGUUUGUUCGAGCAGAAGCCUAUCUGGCGCGCAAACAAGAUGCUCAAGGAGCAGCUCGCCGCCGAGGAGGAGCAAUUCCGUUACGAUGUCAAGGAGAGCGCUUACCACCAAGAGAACACUGCUGGUACUUCAGACGAAGAGCAGCAGAAAUGA